AUGCUAAUGUAUCCAUGUGGAAUUACUCUUCAAUAUAUUUUACCAGAUUGGGGGUUUACCUUGUUUGGUACUAGACACUCUUUAAACCCUGGUCCUUGGACUUAUAAAGAACAAAUGUUUGCAACUGUUUUGUUUGACAUAGCAAUUGGAGGUAUGUAUGUUGGUUACAACUUUUAUGUUGAAAAACUAAGUGUCUUUUAUGGUAACACUUGGAUUACAGCUGGCUACCAAAUUUUAAUUUCUCUUGCAACUCAAUUAUUUGGUUUUGGAUUUGCAGGUAUUCUUAGAAAGAUAGUUAUUUACCCAGUACGUGCUGUUUGGCCAACUAUUUUGCCUACUCUCGCCCUUAAUCGAGCAUUAUUGAAGAAAGAGAAGAAAGAAAAUAUCAAUGGCUGGACAAUUACUCGGUAUAAACUCUUCUUCAUCGUGUUUUCUUCUUCAUUUUUAUACAUGUGGAUUCCUGAUUACUUAUUUCAAGCAUUAUCAUACUUUAACUGGAUGACUUGGAUCAAACCAGAUAAUUUCAAUUUGGCAAACGUUACAGGAUCAAUUCAAGGUCUUGGUUUAAACCCAAUUAGUAGUUUUGAUUGGAAUAUCAUUGGUUAUUGGCUUCCCUUGGCAUUUCCAUUCUAUACUUAUUUAAAUAUGAUGAUAGGAAUGUUCAUCGGGUUCAUCGUUAUUAUCGGUCUUUAUUAUAGUAAUUAUAAAUGGACCGCUUAUCUUCCGAUUAAUGAUAACAACAUUUAUACAAAUACAGGUGAGCUUUAUGAGGUUCAAAGCGUACUUACAAAUGGAAAGCUAGAUGAGGCUAAGUACAAAAAAUAUGGUCCGCCAUACUUAUGUGCUGGUAACUUGUUGGUUUACGGUGCCAAUUGUGCUCUUUAUACAUUCAUGAUUCCAUACGUUUUCUUCACGGAACGUAAAGGUAUCUGGAACUCGCUCAAAUCAUUAAAAGAUCUGAUUACUGAUUUGAAAUCAUCAAGUUACGCACGUUUCAAUGACCCACAUUCUCGAAUGAUGUCUCGUUAUAAAGAAGUUCCAGAGUGGUGUUUUAUAGUUAUAAUGUUAAUCGCCCUUGUGUUUGCGAUUGUUUGCGUGAAAGUUUAUCCUGCUAAUACCCCCGUUUGGGGAAUCUUUUUGAUGCUUGGUAUCAACGCGGUGUUUGUAAUCCCAUUAUGUGUUAUUUACGCUAUUACCGGGUACUAUUUCACUCUUGAAGUUUUAGUUGAAUUGAUUAUUGGAUAUGCAUUACCAGGAAACGGUGAUGCUUUGAUGUUUUUAAAAGCUUUGGGAUUCAAUAUUACUGGUCAAGCUCAACAAUAUGUGUACGAUCAAAAAAUGGCACACUAUUCAAAAAUUCCACCAAGGGCUGUUUUCCGUGGUCAACUUCUGGGAACUAUUUUCCAAAUCAUAGUAUCUUUGCUUGUCAUAAACUGGGAAAUUUAUAACCUUAAGGGAAUUUGCACAGAUGAGCAGGCAAACAACUUCACUUGUCCCAGUGAAGUUUCUUACUAUUCUUCUUCAGUAUUUUGGGGUGUUAUUGGACCAAAGAAAGUGUUCAAUAAACUAUAUCCAGUAUUACCUUAUUGUUUCCUCAUUGGAUUCUUGCUUUCUCUUGUGUGUCUUGCCAUUAGACGUUACUUUUACAAACAAACUCGUUGGUUCCAGCCAGCAGUCGUUAUUGGUGGGUUAUUUAAUUAUGCCCCCUAUAAUUUAAGCUAUUUCCUUCCUGGUCUCUAUGUCAGCUUUGCCUUCAAUCACUAUAUCAAAAAAAGAUUUAGUGCAUGGUGGGAGAAAUAUAACUAUAUCUUGUCAUCUGCCCUUGAUGCUGGUGUUGCAUUUGGUGGUAUUAUCAUCUUUUUUGCUGUUCAGUAUCAUGAAAAAGACGUAAACUGGUGGGGAAAUGAAGUAUCUUAUGCUGGUACCGAUGGUGGUUUGGGACAAGUUAGUUUAUUGGAUGCAUCGAAUGCUCCAGAUGGAUACUUUGGAUUGAGGAAGGGAGACUUUUAA